AUGUCACCAGCCAACCAAACUUCUCAUAAUCAUCAUAACUUCAUCCUGACUGGACUACCUGGAAUGCCAGAAAAAGAUUUCUUAAUGGCCUUUCCUCUCUUUCUUCUUUAUGGUACCACAUUACUAGGCAACAUCACCAUCCUUGUCAUCAUCAAAAUUGAGCAAAGUCUUCAUGAGCCUAUGUAUUAUUUUCUGGCCAUGUUAGCUGCCACUGACCUCAGCCUUUCACUAUCUUCCAUGCCCACCAUGAUCAGUGUUCACUGGUUCAACAGGCGCACAGUAACUUUUGAUGCUUGUAUCACUCAAAUGUUCUUCAUUCACACCUUUGGGGGAGUGGAAUCAGGUGUUCUGGUUGCCAUGGCUUUUGAUCGCUUUGUAGCUAUUUGUUUCCCAUUGCACUAUGCUACCAUUCUCACACAUGGAGUUAUCGGUAAAAUUGGUAUAGCAGUUCUGCUUCGGAGUGUUUGUGCGGUGCUCCCUGUGCCUUUCCUUAUCAAACGACUACCUUUCUGUCACUCCAAUGUCCUCUCUCAUGCAUACUGCCUUCAUCAGGAUGCUAUGAGACUUGCCUGUGCUGACACCCGUAUCAACAGCAUCUAUGGCCUAUUGGCUGUUAUCUUCAUUAUUGUAUUUGAUGCCUUAAUCCUUUUGCUGUCUUACUUUCUAAUCCUCCGUGCUGUGUUGGGGAUUGCUUCCCAGGAAGAGAGAUUCAAAGCUCUCAAUACAUGUCUCUCUCAUAUUUUUGCAGUGAUGCUCUUCUAUGUGCCUCUCAUAGGCAUGACUCUUAUUCACCGCUUUGGGAAGCAUUUAUCUCCAAUUGUGCACUCAAUUAUGGCAAAUGUCUACCUGUUGCUGCCUCCUGUCCUCAAUCCUAUUGUAUAUAGUAUUAGAACCAAGCAGAUUAAAAAGAGGAUAGUUCAAAUAUUCUGUAGGAGUAAAAUUGGUUCUUAA